AUGACAUUAAAUUCAAUAGGUUAUUCAUUUGAAACAUGGAUAAGUGCAUUAAUUGGAGCUGCUCUUGUUGGUUGUAUUGGCCUUUUACCCAUUUUUAUUGUUCCAAAUGAACAAACAAAAAAAGAUAAACCAUAUUUGGAAUUAUUAUUAAGUGUUGCUGUUGGUAGUCAAUUAGGUGAUGUAUUUCUUCAUUUAUUACCAGAAGCAUUUGCUCAUCCACAAGCAUCAUCGAUUAGUAUUGGUCUUUGGACUUUAACAGGUUUAUUUAUUUUUUUUCUUAUUGAACAAAUAUUUCCAGAAGAUGAAGACAAUUCUUCUUCGGAAACAAAUCAACAAAAUCAAAUAUUAGCGAAUAUUAUACCAACAGAAAAAAAAAUCAAAACAACAGGUUAUUUAAAUUUAUUAGCAAACUUCAUAGAUAAUUUAACACAUGGUGCAGCUAUUGGCGGAGGUUUUGCUGUUAAUUCAUUAGUGGGAAUGACAACACUUGCUGGAAUUGUAAUUCAUGAAAUUCCACAUGAAAUGGGAGAUUUUGCUAUACUGUUAAAAUCAGGUUUUAAUCGUUGGGAAGCAACAAAAGCUCAACUUAUAACUGGUUUAGGAGGAGUUUUAGGCGCUGUAAUGGCACUUUAUUAUUCAAGUUCAAGUCACAGUACUUUAUGGGUAUUACCUUUUACUAGUGGUGGUUUUCUUUAUGUAGCUCUUGUUAAAACAGUACCGGAUUUAUUAAAAGAAAAUGAUUUAUCACAUUCAUUUCGACAAUUUAUUGGUAUUAUUGGAGGACUUUCAAUAAUAUAUUUUAUUGUUCUUUAUAUUGGAUAA